AUGGACUCCUCCAGAAUCGAGUGUGAUGGAGAUGCCUUUGGGGUCAACCGCGGGACCCUUUGCCAGGCUGUCUGGCACCCCUGCGCCCGAACAGCGAUCUGCGACUACUGUGGCAGAUUCGUCACUGAGAUGCGCACCCCCGGCCGAGGUGAGGAGGUGGACGGACGUUGCGGGCCUGGGGACGGCUCCGAACCGAAGAACCUGUCGGAUCUCCCCUAG